GCCACAAAGUGCAUUGGACAAGAUUUUUGCACUAAUCCGUGAAUUAGCUGGUGAUUCGAAGACUGUGAAAUUGGCUGAUGUGAUGGACCGGUGCACAAAUAAGGGUUUCAAACCAGACCAGGUUGAAGAGUGUAUUGAAGAGUAUGAAGAACUGAAUGUGUGGCAGAUAAACCAAGCACGCACAAAGUUGACUUUCAUCAAUUAAUUACAUCUUCAUUAAUGGUCUUUGCUUCAUUUUCAUAAUCUGCCCAUGUCAUGUGGACAGUUUUUGCAUUAUUUAAUUGCUGUGUAAAUGAAGGUGCAACCAAUGGGAAACAAUGGUUUCCUUCAAUUGAUAAAAGACCAUUAGGCAGAGGCUUUUAAAAAGUUUACUAACAUGCAUUUAUACUGCAUUAUUGUUAGGUAUUAGCUUCAUGAUGAAGUUGGACUGUCAUUUUUUAGUAGCAUUAUUACAUUUGCUUUAUUUUGUAUUGUAAAACAAUCCAUUUUAUUAUGAAAAAAACAACUGUAAAAUGCCACCUUAUUGUACACCAAUUGUAAUUUUUGAUAACAUAAAUGUAUUUAAUGUUGAGACAUUUAGAAGUUAAAAAAGUGAAAACUUGAAAACAAAAAAAAUUAUACAUCUGAGGUGCAUUAAGAGAUUAUUAUGAAUUUCCAUGUAAUAUUCGUUCAGAUUAUUAUUUUGUGUAAAAUUUUUCAAAAAUGUUUUGAAUUCUAUGGUAAGAUUUCAAACAACUUUCUUUAAAAGUGAACAGACGAAUCUCUUGUAAGAAAAAUGUAUUUUUUGACAAUUCUUUGUAAGUAUUAGUUUUGAAUAUAUAUUGUUUUUUUAAAAAAAUGCAUUAUUGAAUUGCUU